GCCCCGCCUCUCACGCCGGUCCCCGGCGGGCGGGACGGCUCCCCCCGCAGCUGGCAGCCUUCCUGAGAGAGCGGCGGGCAGGCGGUCGCCAUGGGCGCGCUGCUAUGGUGGGACCAGCUGCGGGCGGGCAGCUCCGAGGUGGACUGGUGCGAGGAUAACUACACCAUUGUGCCCGCCAUUGCCGAGUUCUACAACACGAUAAGCAACGUCUUGUUUUUUGUUUUACCACCCAUUUGUAUGUGCUUGUUUCGUCAAUAUGCAACCUGCUUCAACAGCGGAAUAUAUUUAAUAUGGACUCUGCUAGUUGUGGUUGGAAUUGGAUCUGUUUACUUUCAUGCCACUCUCAGUUUCCUGGGACAGAUGCUGGAUGAGCUGGCUAUUCUCUGGGUCCUGAUGUGUGCUCUUGCCAUGUGGUUCCCUAGGAGAUACCUGCCCAGAGUUUUUCGGAAUGACAGGAGCCGGUUUAAAGCUGCUGUGGCUGUCCUGUCUGGAGUUACUACCUGCCUUGCAUUCAUUAAGCCUGCCAUCAAUAACAUCUCGUUAAUGACUCUGGGUGUUCCCUGCACAGCUUUGCUCAUUGCGGAGUUGAAGAGAUGUGAAAACCUGCGUGUGUACAAACUGGGUCUCUUUUCAGGUCUUUGGUGGAUGCUAGCACUUUUCUGCUGGAUCAGUGACAAAGCUUUUUGUGAGAUCUGGUCCUCAUUUAACUUUCCCUAUUUGCACUGUGUAUGGCACAUUUUGAUAUGUCUUGCUGCAUACCUGGGCUGUGUCUGUUUUGCUUACUUCGAUGCUGCCUCCGAGAUCCCUGAGCAGGGCCCUGUCAUAAAGUUCUGGCCCAGUGAAAGAUGGGCCUUCAUUGGGGUUCCUUACGUCACCCUCCUCUGCGCACACAAGAAGUCACCUGUGAAGAUCACAUGAAGUUGGCCGUGGAAGGAGGAUGAAGUUUCAAACUUACAUUCCAGCACAAACAGUAUUUAAAUAAUGACAAAUGAAUAGGGUUGUAUUUUUGUCUUCUCCCUAUGAUAUGCAAGACUUCGGAUGUCAUAGAAAGAAGAGGGAAAUGUGUUCUUUACUCUCUCUGUAGAGGUGAGAGUAAGCAGAAAGGUGGAGACUUUUGAACACUGAAGUAACCACUAACUUCUCUUUAGCAGCUCUGUUUUGCACUGUGUUGCACUGUAGCAUUUCACUUGAUAAAGCUUUUUCCAAAUACCAUGGUCAAAAAAUGAUGUUUCUGCAGCAAGUCACCUCUAAUGCUUGAUUCACUUCUUUUGUAACCUCUGGCUUAAGGUCUUCUUUGUAAAAGAAGAUACUCCAAGAUGCCUACGUGCCAUCCUGUGACCCUCUUAGCUCAGAUUUUGAUGUGGUUGCACAUGGCCACAAGAGUGUGCUGGAAGAACGUGUUCCUCCCAGCUUGGCUCGUCACUGUGGAAGCUGUGCAGCUACCUACAAGGGAUCACAGAGUGCAUGGUGGAUUCCCCAUGUACAACAGGAGACCAGUGCAAAGUGCUUGCAGCUUGGGUAACAGGGUCUAGUGCAGUUAGUCAGUGUAAAUGCAGAAAUAGCUGACAAAAGAUAAAGACCCUGAAACUAAAUAGGAGUUCAAGGGGUUUGAAUUUUUCUGCGUUUGCACUGACCUGUGGAUCUUUGUAUGCUGCAUAUUUCCCUCUUACAGAAAUGUCACAGAAAUCCCUUUCUACCUCUGCAGACAUGUUCAAUUUUAAAUUUUAUCCUCAAACUCAUGCAGAAACAUGAUCAGUAACUUCAGUAAGAACUCAGGUCAGCAUUUGGCUGACUGUAUGAUUUAACUAUAAAACUGCUGGUAGGUACUUAGCAGGGUAUCUACUUUGAGAGUUAGUUUCUCACCAGUGCAUUGCAAAGUGGCAUGGACAAUAUUCCAGUGCUUUUCUAGUUACAAUUUGGAAAAAAGUACAUUAAGUGCUUAAAAAACAACCCAAAGACUUAGGUUUCUGUGAGUAAUGAAAUGUGAUGCUGUGUUCCAUUUUUGCAGAAAAAUAGUGGAUUCAAAAUUUCUGUUUGUUUCACCCUGUUUUGUAAAGACAAGUGAUCUCUAGAUCUGUUUAGUUUUAAGGUUGUACUUUGGGGCUGAAGUUCAGGGAUAGGUAGGAUUCUUGCAAGCAGUUUAUGCAAGGUCUUAAAAAUGAUGGAAAGUACAGACAUGUUUUUCACGUAUUAGAAACUGUUGCUGCUAAUAACUGCAGUCUUGCAGAGGAAAUGGGGUCUGCUUAUGUCCCACCUAGUAUCAGAACUGUUAAUGUGUUAGGGCUUUGGGUGAGGUGAUACUUCCUUUUUGAACAUUAGACCAGAAAAUGCUAUUUAUUCUGUGCUUUGCUGGGAAGUUUCAUGUUGUACUUGUUUUCUUAUCAGUGUGAGAAUGUACUCCUUAUAGUAUUGUCUUUAGCAAAGUGGUUUUUAGUAAGCAUUUUGGGGUGAAUUAUCGUUCAAGCAGUGUAAAACCUUUCAGAUAACUAUUGUAUUUUUGCUUAGAAAACUAUAACUGAGAUGUAUGCUUUUACACUUAAAAGUUUUUAGUGGGCGUUAUCACUAUCUACUUGAAAAAAGCAGGUAGGCAGGCUACCCUUAGAUUGACUGACAGAUCAUAAAAGCAGCAAAAUAUUUCCAGUUCAGUAAUGAAGAUUUAUAGUGCUUGCUAAUAGAUUUGUCUGAGAGAAACGUGAAACAUACAGUUUUUGUAGGCAACUUGCUCAUAAAAAUUCAUACAGUAAUAUUUGUUACACUUUGAAACAGAAUUGUUUUGUUUUUUCCUUCCUCUCUCCCUCAUUAUGAAAUUACCAGUUUUGAACACUUCUCAGGUAAUAGAAGUCCUGUGAUUAGAUCCUUCUAUACACAGGCUUGCUGGCUGGAACCCAGCUAAGGUAGCUGACACCUGACUUAGCCCUACUUUGAGUAAGACUUUUUUUAUAUUAUUUGCUAAAUUAUUAUGUUAUGGUAAAUAAGUUAUUUUCAUUAUUGCUUGGGAAAGUACUAACUGCAGAUAUAAUUUACUAGUCCAGAUGACUGGAGCCUUCUUACUUGAUAUUUCGUUUGAAAGCCACCUCUCAAAUUCAAAGGGCUCUAAUCAACCUGCUGUUAACUGCUGUCGUCUGCUGUGCAGUCAGGCUGCUCUUAAAAAAGUAAUUUUAUAAUUUAAAGAAUGGUAGUAGUGCAUUCAGGUAUUGCAGAGGAGAAUGGAUGCAGGUGCAGGCCAACAAUUACCUCCUGUUUUUUUAUUAACUAACCUCUAGAUUUUAUACUCUUCAGAGGGGAUUCUGUGGACUAGGCUGAGUAUCUGAUAUUGGAAGAUUCACUAUGGAACUGGUUGGGAGUAUUCCACUGUAAUACCAGCCCACCACUUUUAGGUGUAGCAACUGCACUUCACGUUAAACUAAUAUUAACUUAUAUAUUCUGAUUAAAGCUACAUUUACUUAUAAAAGAAAAAAAAUGCAAAAAAACCAAACAAAAAAACAACCAACCAACCAACCAAACAAAAAAAAACCCACACAGUUUUUAUCAGAUUCACUGCUUUACAGGUUGUACUUUGGACUAAGGCUUCAUUUCACAUUAAACAAGCAUCCAAAGAAGUAUGUGAUUGGCAUAGAGAGGGGUUUGUGCAUUGGCCUGAUCAUACAGAUGAAUGUGUGCAAGUAGCCGUGUUACAUUAGAGGUUAAAGUGAUGUAUAUGUACCCUCAGGUUUUAAAGCUCUAGAAUGCUUUAUUCCCUUGCCAGCAAAGAAGUGUGACUGGGUUCCUGGUCCUUAGGUUCAAUUUGUAUUUUAAUUUAAUUAGUGGGAUGCAGAAGUGUAUUGGCAAGUGUUAUCCAUCAUUCUUUGAAUGUUAAACUUCAGGCUAUUUAAGAAAGAAUGUUUAGCUUUAGUGAUGGCAAACACUUGCCUGCUUCACAGUCACUAAAAACUCAAUAAGCACUAUGGAAGGAGUGGUGUUGGGGGUUUCUUUUCCAUCACUAUUGAAGUCUUAUGCUGAAUGUUUGUGGAAAGCAUGUAAUACUUCACAGCAUUAAAGUUCAUUCAAAAU